AUGGCAGUGAAGACUGUGGAGGCUGACAUCAAUGGCCUGAUAAAGGUGCUGGACAAGCUGACCCUGGCCAGAGUUGACCUGGAGAUGCAGAUUGAGAACCUGACUGAAGAGCUGGCCUAUCUGAAGAAGAACUACAAGGAGGGUCAACGCCCUCAGGACCACAAUGCCUGGCAGGGGCACAAUGCCUGGCAGGGCCAGGAACACCAUGCCUGGCAGAGCCAGGAGGAGGGCCGAUCAGCCUAUCCCCCAACGCCCCUCAGGCUGCUGCGUGGCAGCGUGGCCCCUACCCACCACGAGAGGAGGUCCAAGCAGCUGCACAAUGGCAGCCAAGAGGUGCAGAAGGAGGGGUCCAGGCUCCAGGUGACAGGUUUCAUCAUUAUACAGGUGAGCCCUCAGGCUCAGCUGUCGUCAUUUGCCAAGGGAGAACCUCAACUGGAAGCUGGACUGCAGGCAUUAUCUGUGAGGCCUAAGAGGCGUGCUGGAGUUUUUCAAGAUCUUGUGGUGAAUACCAGGCAGAACUUGGAGCAUGUUAGACACUCAAAAACAGGUUCAGAAGGUAAAGCGGUAAAACUCGUAACAAACCAUUUCCGAUUGACAUGUCCCCAGUGGAUUGCAUAUAAGUACAACGUUGACUUCAAACCAGAUGUAGACGAUACAAAUCUGCGUUCACAGUUACUUUUUCAACAUGAAAGUGUUUUUGGAAUAAGCCAUAUAUUUGAUGGAAACUCUUUAUUGUUAUCUCGAAGGCUAACAAAUCAGGAGAUGGAAUUUGUCAGCUAUACCCUAAGCCGUAGCAUUGUGAAGAUCACACUCCAGCUUUCCAAGGAACUGCCGCCCAACCACCCUGACUGCGUGCGCUAUUACAACGUUCUCUUCAGAAGAACUCUGAGGCAGAUGAAUUUGAAACAAAUCGGCCGCCACUAUUAUGACUACAGGAAGAAAUGUGUUAUGUUGGGCCAUGGGUUGGAAGUCUUGCCUGGUUAUAUUACUUCCAUUCUUCCAUAUGAAAACAGCCUUACUCUGUGUGCUGACCUGAGCCAUAAACUACUCCGAUUGGAAACUGCUUAUGAUUUAAUAAUGAGACUAAAGGAGAACAAUGAAUUUGCCAAAAUCAAAGAAGAAUUAGUUGGGUCAAUUGUUUUUACAAGAUACAACAACAGAACCUACAGGGUGGAUGCUAUCGAUUGGAAUCAGACUCCCAGAGAUACAUUUCCAAAAUCAGAUGGUGGCCAAAUCACCUAUGUGCAAUACUACAAACAGAAAUACAAUGAAUAUAUCACUGACUUCAAACAGCCACUCUUGGUCAGCCAAGGAAGAUGGAAAAAGGGCCGGAGGCUCAUGCCACGUUCACCUAUACGUCUGGUCCCUCAGCUGUGCUACCUGACAGGAAGAACUUUGAAAGAAGAAAGAAUCUUCCAACAUAAAGAUUCGUUUGAGGCUGAUCCACCAGCAGACUGGUUAAAAGGAUCAAAAAGUACAUCCUUACUUAGGAUGUCACUGAAACAUUGGGUGAUACUUCAUACUAGGAACUGUGUUUCUGAGGCCAAGAUCUUAGAGGAGAAUCUAAACUCGGUCACCCCUGCCAUGGGCAUUACAUUAGAAAAAGCAAAAAUGAGAGAAGUACCUGGUAACACUAUUUCUAGUUACAUAGACAUUUUAAAGACGCUUAUCAAAGAUGGCCCAGAAAUGGUGGUUUUCAUAUUGCCUGAUGAUAGGAAAAACAGGUAUGAUGAAAUAAAAAAAUACUUGUGUGUUAAAUCUCCAAUUCCAAGCCAGUGUGUGGUGGCACAUACCCUGACUAAAACCUGGACAUUAAAAACCAUGGUCGUAAAGAUUGCCCAGCAGAUGAAUUGCAAGAUGGGAGGAGCCCUCUGGAAGGUGGAGACAGGAUUGAAAAAGACAAUGUUCGUCGGUAUUGAUUGUUUCCACGAUAUUGUAAGUCGUCAGAAGUCAAUUGCAGGAUUUGUGGCAAGCACCGAUGAGGAAUUAACCAAGUGGUACUCUCAAUGUAUCUUCCAGGCACCAGGAGAGGAGCUUGUGGAUGGACUGAAGAACUGUUUGCAAGGUGCCUUGAAUUCCUGGCUUAGAAAUGUACCAUAUGCACCAGAAUCUAUUGUGGUCUAUCGGGAUGGAGUGGGAGAUGGUCAGCUUCAGGCCUUGCUUGACCAUGAAAUAUCUGAGCUCGUGAGCUACUUAGAAAAUGAGUGCCCAUAUAGUAUCAAGUUAACUUUCAUUGUGGUGAAGAAACGAAUAAACACCAGGUUUUUUCUUAAACACAAUCGAAGACUUGGAAAUCCAGCUCCAGGAACUGUUGUUGACAUGAUGGUAACCAGGGAGCAAUGGUAUGACUUUUACAUUGUAAGUCAAUCUUCUACAGUUGGUACUGUGACUCCCACUCAUUAUAAUGUUAUCUAUGACACCGUGUGCUUGGACCCGGAUACAGUCCAGCGUUUAACUUACAAACUGUGCCACAUGUACUACAAUUUGCCAGGCAUCAUCCGAGUUCCUGCUCCUUGCCACUAUGCCCAUAAACUGGCUUACCUUGUGGGCCAGAGUCUUCACGAUCAGCCAAGUAGCUUACUAGCUAACUCUAUUACCUUUGAGCUGCAGAAGAUGUGA